AUGCCUCUCUCCGUCCACCCCGCAACUGCCGAGGACAUUUCUCGAAUCCUUGACAUUCAAUCGGCUGCACUCCGGAUGAGUGGCUUUUUCCGUGCUUGCGGCGAAAUCAGCAACCCGGACGGUUUCCAGGACCAUGAUAAAAAAUAUCCUGAGCCAAUACGACGAGAACUUCAGACAAAGCGGUUCAUAUACCUCAUGAAAAGUGACCCGGGAUUCCACCUCAUUAAAUGUGUUGACGAUGAGACCGGUGAGAUACUGGCCUUUGCAAAGUGGAAUGUCUAUGUUGGCGGUCCCGAGUCGCUGGAGAGAUGGAGAGAGCAAAUGAAGACAGGCGAGGAUAUGUUUGUCCCCGAGGGAGCAAAUGUUGAGGGGUAUAGAUACUGCAUGGGUAAGCUGUUCGACAAUCGAAAGCUGUAUUUUGGCGAAGAAGGGAAGGAGAAUUGUGUUCUUACAUUACUGGCUACUGACCCUGCACAUGAACGACGGGGUGCUGGCACCUUGCUGGUGAACUGGGGCUGUGGUUUGGCCGAUAAACAUGGUGCAGAGGCGUACCUGGAGGCAUCGCUGCGGGGAUACCCUGUCUAUGAACGACGUGGGUUCGAGGCUAUUCCUACAACUGAGAAACAGUCGGCGAAGCUACAUUUUGAUGCUAGCAAGUAUACGGGUAGAGGCCUAGGGGAGGGAGGCAAGGGUGAUUGGGCAAGGCUCACAAUUAUGGUGCGCAAGCCCAAGCCCAUGAAGGGAUGA